AUGUCCGACGCUGCCGAAGAGGUGCAGGUGAAGGAGGGUCAGGCCACACUCUACUUUGCGUCCAAGAAGGGUGUCUUCUACAACCCGCCUCAGAUCCCGAACCGCGACCUCUCGGUGCUGGCGCUGCAGCAGUUCUCCGAGAUGUGGGCCAGCCAGCCAUCCAAGCCCGCCGCUGAUCGACACCGCACCCUACGCCAGGGCAGCGCGCCGGCGCCGGCUGACGCUGGCGCGCCCGAGGCGGCGGCCGCGCAGGAGCCGCCCGCGCCUGCCGCCGGCGAGGCCUCGGAGACGGCAACUGCUGAGGCGCCCACUUCUCUCCCGGCGUCCGCCUCAAAGCCCGCGGCGCGGCGCGGCCUGCGGGUGCUGGAUGCGCUGUCGGCGAGCGGGUUGCGGACGAUACGGUACGCCAAGGAGGUGAGCGGGCUGCGCGAGGUGGUUGCGAACGACGUCGAUCCCGUCGCCCACCAGACGAUGGCCUCCAACUUUGGCCGCAACGGCCUCCUCGAGGGCGGCGGGGAGCAGAGCUGUAGGGUGACGUCGACGGUGGGCGACGCGGCGGCACUACUGUACGCGUCGCGCCCUCCGGCAGGCGAGCGCUUCGACGUGGUCGACCUCGACCCGUACGGCACCGCCUCCCCCUUCCUCGACGGGGCGGUGCAGGCGGUGAGCGAGGGAGGCUUGCUGAUGGUCACCUGCACCGACAUGGCAGUCCUUGCGGGGGCGUACCCAGAGGCGGGCGCGGAGGCGUGCUUCGCGAAGUACGGCGCGUGGCCGCUGAAGGGCAAGCACUGCCACGAGCAAGGGCUUCGCAUCCUGCUCGCGUGCAUCGACUCGCACGCCGCGCGCCACGGCCGCUACAUCACCCCCCUCCUCUCCGUCCACAUCAACUUUUACGUGCGCGUCUUCGUGCGGCUCCGCUCCUCCAAGGCUGCGGUUGGCCUCGACGCGCACGCAAUCGCGAUGCGCGUGAUAGUGCAGAAGCUUGGCCUGCUCGAGAUCGCGCCCGCUUCGCUGUGCACGGAAGUGGCGCGCGAGGCGUGGCUCGCAUCGCUGCAGCACAUCCUUGAUCAG